AUGUCCCGCGUCGUCACCCUUUUCUACAUCCUCUACUGCCUGGUGCUCUCCCCCAAACUGGGCCUGCUCUACACCCCCUUCCUCCUUCUCUUCUACGCCGUCUCACGCGCCUUCUGCAACUACGCAGGCCCGGACGCCACCGUGCCGUGGGCCCUCGCCUUUCAUUUCAUCGCCUGGUUUGCCCAGAUUGUUGGCCACUACGUUUUCGAGGGCAAGAGUCCGGCCUUUAUGGACUCGCUGUUCCAGUCCCUCUUGGCCGCCCCGAUCGUGAUAUGGUUAGAAGUUGUAUUUUCCCUCGGCUUCAUGCCGGAAACUAAAGCCCGUCUGCAAAGGGCCCGCGUAGUCGCCAAAGCGCGCAAAGCGGUGGCGAAAAAUUAGAAUGCAAGUUUGUGUGACUUCGGUUUAGUCGCGGUGCCGCACAGUAAAAGAGCGGGACCAGCCCUCGACUGGCUCGCUUGCGAAGCUGGCACCAAAAGCGAGUCGCAUGCGCGGGCAGCCACGCGGACGGCUUGCGUUACCUCCCCAUCGAGGAGUGAAACGCAGACAUUCGCGCGGGCCGAGAGGUGUGUCUGCGCAGCGGUAUCCGGGUACUAGAUACGAGCAGUGACGUGCGCAUGUCGAGAGAUGUGUGCGCUUGUGUCACUUGCUUCAGAAUUCUCGGGGACAAGGUGCUUUCACCCUGCCUUCAGAGAAGGGCGCAGGUUGCGGAGGGCACUGAAUUUUAUGGUUCUGGUUUGAUUGUGUGAAUGCGUGUUAACAUCUGUUUCGGUUGCAACUCCAUCCAUGCUUUGUUUAUGAAUUGCAUGAAUGUUGCAUGGACUUGGACGUGCUAGGAGAAGUGGUAGAAGGCUGUGUGGUCUCAGAGAGUGUCGUGAAAGCAGUUUUGAGUUGUACGAACAGCGAUAGGUAUGUCGGCCGAAGCUGGGACUGCUUGAUCUUUCGACUUGCAUGCGAUUUUCCUUUUAUUGGGUGCAUUCCUUGAAGACGUGCUACGCGUGGCACAUUUGGAACGUAAAGUUAUAGAUGUAGCCCCUCGCUAGGUUCUGGAGCCGCGGGAGAGACGGCACAAACACUGAAUACUGUACUGAUGAGAGCGUUUGAAGCAGGCUCCCAAUAAAAAGGACUAAAGGGAACACUAAAGCGAGUCAAUGGCUCCCUCUCUGAAAUUCAAAAUUUCAAAAA